ACUGGUGGCAAUACAAAUUUCAAAGAUAUCGUGAUGUUCGAGGCUCGGCUUACGCAGGCUGAUGUAUGGAAGAAGGUCAUUGAUGCAAUAAAAGACCUCGUGCAAGAAGCAACUCUUGAUUGUACAGAAAAUGGUAUCAGUUUACAAGCUAUGGAUAAUGCACAUGUGAGCUUGGUGUCUUUGCUUCUGCGGAGUGAUGGCUUUGAGACAUACAGAUGUGAUAGAAAUCUUUCAUUAGGCCUGAACAUCACAAGUGCGUCUAAAAUUCUACGAUGUGCUAGUGGAAACGAUGCAAUUACUCUUAAGGCUGGAGAUAAAGCGGAUACACUGACAUUUGUUUUUGAGUCGAAAUGUAAGUUUCUCACUGUCAUUUAAUGUUUUAAGCCCAAGAUCGGUCAUCGGAAUUUGAGAUCAAAUUGAUGGAUUUAGAUGUUGACCACCUGGGUAUUCCCGAUACUGAUUAUAAGUGCAUCAUACGAAUGCCUUCUGCACAGUUACAAAGGAUAUGUCGAGAUCUAAGCCAAAUAGGAGAUUCCGUCGUAAUAUCGGUUGCUAAAGAUGGUGUUUCGUUCAGCUCAAACGGUGAUUUAGGUACUGGAAAUGUCAAGCUUUGUCAGUCCGCUAACGCUGACAAGCCCGAGGAGUCUGUUUCAAUAGAAAUGCACGAGCCUGUUUGCAUGACUUAUUCCUUGCACUAUUUCAAUAUAUUCACUAAAGCCGCUCCACUCUCUAGCCAAGUUGUAUUAUCUCUGACUGAGAACGUCCCUGCAGUUGUGGAGUUUGAAAUUGAAGACUUAGGUUAUAUCCGGUAUUAUUUAGCACCGAAAAUUGAAGAUGAUGCCGAUUAGGAUAACUAAAGAAAACUCAACAGACUAUUUUUCUACUUACUGUGCAUCACAAUAAAUGUAAGAUUUCUUAAACAUGA